GAGCAGAGGAGGCCAGAGCGGGAGGACGGAGGGUGCGCGUCGGGGCGAUUCCCGCGCCCGGUGGUCCGUCCACGCUGCGGAAAAGGAAUGCGGGUCGCGAGCCCAGGACGCGCGGCGGGAGCGUGUGAUUUUUGAGGACAGAAAGUCUCUUUUGAGGAUUUCACACAGUAUUGAAUGAUGGCAGAAGCAGUGUUGAUUGAUCUCUUUGGUCUGAAACUGAACUCUCAGAAAAGCUGUCAUCAGCUAUUACUGAAGACCUUGAAUGCUGUCAAAGUACACCAUGCUGCAAAGGCCAAGUUCCUCUGCAUAAUGUGUUGCAGUAACAUCACCUGUGAGAUGGAUGACACCCAUGAUACUUGGGAAUUAGAAACAAACAAUGAAUUAUCAACAAUCUUGAGAGAAUUUGAGACUGUUAGCAAUCCCAGCAUGGCUGCUACUUUGUAUACUGUUAAGCAAAAAAUAGAUGAAAAAGACCUGAGCAGGAUUAAGAUAAUUGUACCGAUACACCGAAAGACAUUAAUUAAAGCUUUUAUUGAUCAACUCUUCACUGAUGUUUAUAAUUUUGAGUUUGAAGAUUUACAGUUGACUUUGAAGGGAAAUCCUUUGAAACAGUACACAGAAAUAAACACAAUCACUUCUCAAGGACUAGAAGUAAUCCAGAAUGAAAUAGAAACAUAUUUAAGAAGUCUUCCAGCUCUCAAAGGAGAAUUAAACAUUAUCACAUCGCCUCUGAUCUCAGAUAAUUUCAUACAUGGAUUUACCACAAGGACAGGUGGGAUAUCUUACAUACCAACCCUGAGCUCAUUCAAUCUUUUCAGUAGUUCCAAACGGAGAGAUCCCAAGGUAGUUGUUCAAGAAAAUCUGCGUAGGUUGGGGGAUGCUGCUGGAUUUAAUGCAGAGAAAUUUUACCGAAUAAAGACUGAUCAUGCCAGUGACAUAUGGAUUAUGGGAAAGAAGGAACCUGAGUCAUAUGAUGGAAUCACCACAAAUGAAAGAGGAGUCACAAUAGCAGCUCUUGGUGCUGACUGUAUCCCAAUAGUUUUUGCAGAUUCUGUCAGAAAAGCAUGUGGUGUUGCUCACUCUGGCUGGAAAGGUACUUUGUUAGGUGUUGCCAUGGCAACUGUGAAUGCUAUGGUCUCAGAAUAUGGAUGUAGUUUGGAAGAUAUUAUUGUUGUACUGGGACCUUCAAUUGGGCCUUGCUGUUUUACUCUUCCAAGGGAAUCAGCAAAAGCUUUUCAUGAUCUUGAUCCUGAAUGUGUCCACCUGUUUAACUCAUCAAAUCCCUAUGUUGACAUCCGUAAAGCCACCAGGAUUCUUCUAGAACGGGGAGGAAUUCUUCCACAGAAUAUUCAGGACCAUAACCAAGAUCUUGAGCUUUGUACAUCCUGCCAUCCUGACAAGUUUUUUUCCCAUGUCCGAGACGGCCUUAAUUUUGGUACACAAAUUGGCUUCAUAUCAAUCCGGGAAUGAGACAAUUGACUGAACCUUUGAAUAGAUGUUUCCUACUUCCUUCCAAGUUACAAGAGAGAAGUGUAGCUGUUUGAUUUGCUAAAGACUAAAAGGAUCAAAAGGAUCACCUUUAGGGCAUAUUUUCAUUGUCGUUCAAAAGAAAAUGAUUAUCACAUGAUUUUAACAAUAACUGACAAAAAUAUCAUACAUUACACAGAUGCAAAUUAUUCUUAAAGUUUGUUCUCUAUCAUAACUAAGGAAUAGGUCUGCUACGUAUUUUUUAGUAACUUCUGUUUAUCAGCAUUAUGUCAGGCAUAGGUAAAAUAAAAAUAAAAAAGACCUUCCCCCUUGAGUCUUAUGCAGUGGAGAUAAACACAUCUAACAAUUUAAUCGUAAUAAUAGUAAAACAGUACAGAUUGAAUAAAAGAUUAAUCCUAUAUGGAAGGCAAGAUAGGGAAGAAUUAACAUAGGUCCAAGAAAAAUAUAGGCUUUUGAUAGGUGAAGAACUAUCUAGUAGGCAGUGGGAGUACCAUGAACUAGAGUGUGUAAUUCAAAGUAUAUUAUAUAACCUAGAGAGUAGGGUGUAGGCAGGAGUUACUGGAAAUACAGGUUGGAAACAAAAUAGAAAAUUCUCAGAUGCCAUCUCUCAUCUCAAGUUUAUUUUCCUGGUAAAACAUAUGCAUAAAAAAAAGUACAGGAGUGUUUUUGUUUCCUUGACAUCUUGUGUAACAAUGGAUUUACAUUAUGAAACACCAAAGCCGACCGACUAAAUGGUGAUCAAAAUUCUUUCAAAAAGAAACAGAUAGGGCCUACAAGAUAACUCACCUGGUUAGUAUACUUGCUUUGUCGUGCAUAAAACCCACCUUCCAGCCCAGUUUCUGUAGUACUUAGGCAGCAAGCAUUGGUGCUGUAGUGUUUUUUUCCUCUGUCUUUUUAUCUGAAAAAAGUUGUUUUAGAGUGAUGAAGCCACAAUGAUGAAAACAAAAAUAAAAUUAGAGGUCUGCAAGAAGGCAGUAGAAAUUAAUUGGUGAGGUAGAGCAGACAGAGAGACAUUUAAAAAAUGCAGCCAAUAGAGCCAGAUAAUAAUGAGGUGACAAAUGAGAAAGAGGAAAAGUUAUUACUAUACCAAGAUUUCUGCUUGGCUGACCACCAGAAUUGGAAUGAAAAGAAGAGGAGGUUUAGACAAGGGAGAAAGAUGACUGGAUGCACAGAAUAAAGUGGAUCCAUAUGGAAAUAUUUAGUUGCAAUUAUAAAUGAUGAAACUGGAACCUAUGAGAGAAAACAGGCUAAGAAUUUUACCUACUUGGUGGGGGGCGGUGAUUGGGCUGUAGCACACCUGGUUAAGUGCACAUGGUGUGAAGUGCAAGGGCCAGUGCAAGGAUCCUUGGUUUGAGCCCCUGCCUCCCCACCUACAGGGGAGUCGCUUCACAAGCGGAGAAGCAGGUCUGCAGGUGUCUAUCUUUCUCUCUCCUUCUCUGUGUUCCCCUCAUCUUGAUUUCUCUCAGGCCUAUCCAACAACGACAGUAGCAGUGGCAACAAUAACAAGUGCAACAAAAUAGGGAAAAUGGAAAAAAUGGCCUCCAGGAACAGGGGAUUCGUACUGCAGGCACUGAGUCCCAGCAAUAACCCUGGAGGCAAAAAAAAAGAAAAGAAAAGAAAAGAAAAAACCUACUGGAAUAGGCUAACCCAUCUAUGUAAAACUAUAGAGUGGGCAAAUAAAGGAGAACCAAGAAUGAAUCCUUAUACCACUGUAUUUGAACUAAUAAGAAGCAGGUCAAAGACUAUCAUUUUGAAGAAAGAAGCAAGGUGAGAGGUGCACAAAAGUAAACUUUCAGAGAUAAAAUGAGGGUUGUGGAGAAAUAAAUAGAUUGACCAUAUUGAAGCCAUUGGUACGGGCAAUGGUAGUAAGAUUGUAUUUCAGUGCAUUAAACAGGGUGCAUAGGUGUGAAAGGUGUGGACUAUUCAGUAGUACUGGAGAAAAUAAAGCAAGCGGUUAUAUGUUGAAGAAAGUCAUACAAUAUUUUCAUUUGGAGAAGAGUUGGAUAUUCUGAAUUGGAGAAAAAAUAUGUGUGUGUGUGUGUGUCUGUGUGGUUUUGUUUUUCCUACCAGGGUUAUUGCUGGAGCUCAGUGAAUGCAUGACUCCACUGGUCCUGGCAGCCAUUAUUUUUCUUUUCUUUAGAUAGAGGUAGAGAGACAAGGAGACACUACAGGACCAGUACUCCAUUCAUGAAGCUUUCAUGCAGAUGCUUCUAUGUGGUAGUUUGGGGACCCAAACCGAGGUCCCUGUGCACAUAUGCACUCUAUUGGGUGAACCACUUCUGGCUAUAUGGUAAAUAUAUUUUAAAAUAUGUGAGUUGUAAUAGCAUUACCUUUUAAAAAUUAGUGCAUUUUCUACAUGACUGUAGUAAAAUAAUAGCAACUUUGAUAUCUACAAUAAACUUUCAUGUACAGUACAUCAGAUUAUCUUUACAGCUUCUCUGAAAGACAUAGGUCAGGUGUUUUUCACGUAUCUUAAUCAGCUUAGAAAAAAGUCUUUCUGAAGUGUGAGUUAAAAUCACAUAAUUUGCAGCAACAAAAGGCUUGAAGACACAUCUUGUGGCCUCUAGCUGCCAUUUUAGAUGUUCUAGCUAGUCAAAGUUAUCUAAAUUAAACUUUUGUUUUCAAAUUCUUGUUAAUUUCAUUUAUUCAUUUACUCAGUCAAGAACACAUUGAGGGACUAGGAUAGGCUAAAAAGUGUAUUUGUAGCCUUCAGGAUAUUUUAUACACGGUGAAUAGUCAAAAACAGCUAUUUCAAUAUUGUGAUAGGUGUCAUAAGAUUGUUACUACUUGAUACCUUGUUUGAUUUAAUUUUUCUAUGCUUCUUAUAUUCCAGUGUAAAAUUAUAAUGAAAUACCUCAUCUCAUCCAAUUCAGGGAGUGCAUUAAUAUAUAGCUUAGAGUAACAAUUUUAAACUUAUGCACAAUAUUGUCUAAUGAUUAUAAAAACUAAGGAAUAAUUUCACACAUUGAGAAAGGCUGAUUUUCCAUUUCUUCACUGUAUUUUUUUUGAAGUUUACAAAUUUGUUUGAAGUUUACGAAUUAUUAUAGGCAUCCACAUCUCUCCUUAUGUACCAAAAUAUUUGAAAAUCAAGUAAAAGUUAUGUUCUGUUUUC